GCAAACGUCAAAAGUUCAGCUACAUUUUUAACACGCGAGUGAUUGUUUUUCUUCAAUUUAUCGAAGAAAAUCCGGGAAAUAAGUUCAAUCUGAAGCAAUUAACGUGCGUUAGAAGCUAAUUUCAAUGGCAUCCGCCACGCCACAGGGGGCCAAUCUGCUAUACGGGCUCCGCAAGUCGAAGAAGUUCGCCAAAGGAUGGGGAGCCCAACUGCCUGUGGCCUACAAGAAAUUCUGGGAUGAAUGGAAGAAUCAGCAACCUGCGGCUGUUCACUAUGUCCCGAAGGAUGGAAUGUUUGAACGAGAAGACAUAACCGGGCUAAUAACGCCAAUCCAGAAUGUGCCACUGCCAUUGAUCGAUCCCCUUGAGGCACAUCAGGGUAUCUGGGGAGGAGAAGCUAUCGUGAAAGGUUUCCAAAAGCGAAACCCAAACAAACGACGUGUUCCCCAUUUUUGGGUACCUGUCCUGAGACGUUCUGUCGUCCAUUGUCAAGUUUUGAAUGAAUACAUGGCCGUUACGGUUACCGAUCGCACGCUGGAUCAGAUCCACGACAAUCAUGGUUUUGAUCACUAUUUGUUGAAAACUCCGGCUUGUGAUCUACGCUCGAUGCUUGCCAUCAAGCUAAAGAAGAAAGUCCUUGUGGAUUUGCUGGCAGGAUGCCCGAAACUAGCCUCUCAACCGGAGAAACAACAAGCCGCCUUGAAGGAAUUCGCUUGCUACCUUACCCAAUACACCGAAGAGGAAAUCGAUUGGUACGGUUUGACCUACGUGGAAGCCGUCCUGAAAAUCAAGACCGAAGUCGAAUCCAAGGAGGACAAACGACCCCAUAAGGUGAUUUUUCGUCAAAAGUUAAUCGAACAGCUGAAGGAAGCCGGAAUUAGCGAAGCACAGGGCACGACCGAAGAACUGAAGGCAAUGGAAGAUUCCAGCUCGUCUUCCUGGCUAUCGAAGCUUAGCUUCAAACCUAAGAACUGGUAACCGGAAGUCAGUAAGUAUAGGCAAAACAAAUUCUGUUCUAUAUUAGUAUGCCGUUGUUAGUCGUCAAACAUGCUGCUUUCCUGGCAGUGGGAGUGGAAAAAUAGACAUGCUCGUUCAAAACAAAAGCUAGUACAAACCAA